AUGUCUACCUUUGCCUUUUUGCUCCUCUGCGUUCAAGCUUGCUUGGUUCAGAAUGUAUACAGCCAGUGCCUACGUGGUGCUAUUGGGCCUGCUCUCGCCGCUCCUACUCUAGGCUGUGAAGCCGGUCUUAUUGGCCCUGCUGAAUUGGGAUGGGGUGCUGGUCUUGCUGGUCCCGCUGCUCUGGGUUGGGGCGCAGGUUUUGCUGCUCCUUGCGGUGUUGCUGCUUAUGGAGGUGCCGGUGUUGGUGAUGUAGCAGUCGCUGGAGAGAUGGGCGUCGGUGGUACCACACUGGUUGCUGGUCAAGUGCCGAUCCUCGGUGGUGUUGAGUUUGGAGGUGUCGUUCCAGCUGCUGGAGCUGUCUCCAUUUCCGGUAGCUGCGGCUGUGGCUGCAAUGGUGCUUACAUUUACUAA